UUAUCAAACAAGUUUUUCUAAGAGACGUGUAUAAUUAUUACAUAAUUAAUUCAAGAACAUGUGAAAAAUUUUUCAAGAAUCAAUUUAGUAUGUCUUUGGCUUCACGUUAUUCGGACCGUUGUAGAAAAGCGAGCUAUUAGUGAUAUUUGGAUGAACAUGACGUGAUGACGAUUACUAAAGAUAAGAUUUUCGUAUAAUUUUACCAUCUGGUUUAUAAAAUUGGCUCAGUGCGUCACGAGCCACAAUAAUGUUAAAAUGCCGCGAAAACUUUUCAUUACCGUAAUAAUUGUACUAAAUUCCAUUCUUCAACAGCCCGUUGAUGGCGGUUUCACGGAAGGUGCAGCUUGCAGCAACCGCAACACCGCAUAUCUCAACCCCUCAAAAGCUCUUUUUCCGUCAGAUCCCGUAAAAUGUGUUGACAUAACCGGAAUGGGAAAAUCUUUAAUUUUCUACAAACAAUGGCCGAUUGGACAAGCGGACACCCUGUACGCCGACCACAUGCAUCUGACGAGCUUUAACAGAACAAUAUUUACUUUUAUGCCGAAUUUGGAGAUGGUGGAUUUAACCGGAAAUAAAAUCAAAAGGUUGCCCAUAGCCAUGAGCAGCGUCAUUCCGAAACUGACAACGCUCCUCCUAGCGAAAAACAGGAUCCAGAUACCGAAGAAGAAGCCUCUGAUGCGAUGCUUUACGAUUAAAACCCUCAUGUUGAGCCACAAUAAAAUUAGAGCGCUUCAAACGAUGACGUUCGCCAAGACGCCAUCGCUGAGAGUUCUGUAUUUGGACAGCAAUUAUCUUAAAUAUAUAACUCCGAAGAUGUUUAGCCAUUUGACAAACCUCAAGUAUUUGCAUUUGGGGAAUAAUUUGUUGAAGCGCGUACCUUCGAAGGCUUACAUGCCGAAGUCCCUAAGCAUUUAUAUUGUUAAAGGGAACAAACUAGAACGCAAGAGGAAUGCGGCGCGACCGAAACGAAAUACUGCAGUUUCCUUAAAGAUUUCUUAAUUUUAAGUCGUGUGAUUAAAUUGUUAUUGUAGUUGUUAUUCAUACGGCUUUGUAUUUGUACUUAGUUUCUAUUAGUUAAUAUUUGUAUCAUUUUUCGUGAUAUUUCAUGAUAAAAUUAAUAUUUCAACGAUUGAAAGUGAUUGUUUGUAUUUUCUAUCAACACUUCAUAAACAUUAAACAUAA